GCCUCCUCUGCUUCUUUCCUGCUCCUUGUCCGCUGCCGCUGCGGCCAUGUGCCGAAGUAGACCUGUGGCGUUUCGUAAAGCACCUUAAUGUCCAGUUUGACACAUCGUACGUCCUCACAUUAUCCACUCAUGCGGUGCGCUGUGGUAGGUGUGCUGCUGUUGGGGGAGGUUACAGUGUUUCCGCAAGCUAUUUCAACAUGGGGCAGUUUAGCGACCAGUAGCUCUGUGACAAGCUCUGCGUCAGUUGUUCUAACGAACGACAUGUUCCUUCGCAGCCGCGUGUUCUUGAACUUCGACCAUGUUGAGCGAUUUCAGAAGAAGGCUGGCUUGGAGGCAGAAAGCGAGACGUCGGUCACCUUGUCUCCCGAGCAGCGCGAAAAGAAGCACGAACUGAAGUACGAGGCGGAGUUCGUCGUGGAGUUGAACAUGACCAGAGCGCACGAGACUGGUGCCAAGAUGGGGAUCAUCAUUAACAGGAACGCCGACUUCGAGCCUGCGACCGUUUUUAAAGUGCAGAAGACUGGCCUGAUAGAGGAUUGGAAUCAAGCCCACCCGGGGCAGGACGUGCAUGUUGGCGACGAGCUUGUCCGCGUUAACGACAUCCAAUGGCAUGCGAACACAGAGAUUUUUAUGCAGCGAAUCCGCGGCCAAUUCGAGGCUGGGCGCAAGCAGGUGGAUGGGGCAAGUGAUAUGUUGAGGCUCUACAUCCAGAGGCCACGGAAAUGGCACCAUAAGCGUUUUGCGGAGCAGCGCGCAGACUUGCACAGUGAGUUGUACGCAAAGGAAUUCCUCGCUGAGCUUCCUUUGCCUGAUGACGUCUCACAGACGACCAUGGACACCGUCAUGGGUUGGAAGAUCGGCGCCAAGCAGGAGUGGGAGCCGGUCACGAUCCAAAAAGUCGAGCAGCAUGGGCGCCUGGCCGAGUGGAACCAGCUUCAUAACGACAGCUUAAUCCUGGAGGGCGACGAGAUCCUCAAGGUCAACCACAUCAUCUGGCACAACAACGCGACAAAAUUCAACACCAGCCUCCAGAAACACUGGAAGGCUACCCAGGCGGUGAAGGCGACCAACAGGUCGAUUGCUCUCUCAAUUCGAAGGCCGCGGCCUGUUCAGGAGGCCUUUGAUGAGGCGCACCCCAUCGAGGAAAUCGAAUCCUGCAGAAGGACGACAGCUAGUGUUACACUCCGCUUCCCUGAGAAGCCGGAGGAUCGGAUACUGGGCUGGAAGAUCACCCCUGGCGCCAAGUCUGCAACCGGCGUCGAGGGGCCCGUCCUCGUCGAGAAGCUCCGUCCGACGGGCAUGGUGGCCAGGUGGAACGCCGUGCACCUGAGCCGGAAGGUCGAGGCUGGCGACCAGAUUGUCAUGCUGAACGGCGUCCGGGGGCCCCCCAACGGUACACCCUGUGGCGUCUCGGGUGACCGGGGCCUCCGGGGUCCCGAGCAGUCCCCGGACAUCCGCCGAUAUGGCUCUGUGCGCAGCCCCAGGGGUCUGGACCCCUUCCCUGAGGUAGUUCCUCGUCCUGGAUCCAGUUUCGAUGGCCCUCGGGCUCGAGAGCGGGCUCCAGGGGCCGAAGUCAAAGAAGGACGCCCAGAGUAGAACCAGACAUCGCCGGAGAUUCGGGUUUGUCGCCACACCGGUCUGGGACCCCCCAAGGCGUCUCUUGGGACAAGUACGACAGCCCCAAGCAGUUCUUCGACGCCGUCCAGGAGGUGCUCAGCACUGCCCGCGGGGAGGGGCCCGCCGGGGGGCAUGUGCAGCUCGUGUUGGAGAAGCCCAUCUGCAGCGUGCGCGAAGUUCGUCUGAACAUGGAGCACGGGGUACACAUGGGAGCGGACGACUCGCAGGCCACGACCACGCCUCUUCCCGAGGCCCGCUCGGGAGUGGCCGAGGAGCCGGCGGCAGGCGGAGGCGGCGGGGGGGAGGCGGCCAGACCAGUGGCGCUGGCGGUGCGCAAGGGAAGCCACGCGCAGGAGGCGCCAUCGUCCAGCGGGAAGGCCCGCAGGGAGACAGCUUCCGGCAGCAAGGCCCUCGGGGAGGCAGCUUCCAGCGGGAAGGCCCUCGAGGAGACACCUGCCAAGAAGCAGGCCGACAAGAGCCAGGUGGCGGAGGGCGAAGCCCUCAUCAAGGCCAGGACCCGCAUCGCAGAGAUCGAGACCACCCUCAAGGCCCUCGAGACCCUCAAAGAUCCUAAGGUGGUGGCCCUCGUGGUGGAUCUCAAGAAGGAGAGGGAUGGUCUCCGCGCCACGCUGUUUGAACAGGAUUUCGCCCGCAUCGCGGAUAUCGAGGUCACCCUCAAGACACUCAAGCUCCUCAAGGACCCUAAGGUUGUAGCCCUGAUGGUGGAUCUCGAGAAGGAGAGGGAUGGUCUGCGCACCAAGGUCGGUGCUAAGGACGAUGUUUAAGGAUGGUGCCAGUGGUGAUGCGAAGGUGCCGAUGGCUGAGUUCACCGCCGCCACCCCAAAGGGAAAGGCGGACGAUUCGCAAGGCGCCGAAGAUUGAGGAUUUCUCGGGCGACGAGUUGAGCGCUUGCUCCGGGCUCGCCUCAGUACCUCUCGGGGCUGAAGACUCCGGCAAUGUGCCCGGCAGCGCGAACCACAGACUUUUCAAUUGAGACUCUAUUCUGAAGCGUGUCGAUCAUGUACGGCGGCAGAGCAGGUGGAACAG